AUGCGCUUCGUUACUCUUAUCUUUGCUGCCCUCGCCGCUGGCCCUCUGGCUGCCCUCGCCGCUCCUGCACCUGCAGACAAUGCAGCAAGCGAGAAAAGCUGCCCAUCUGGCGACAAGAUUAACUGCGGAGGCUGCAAUGGCACCAGCUGCCAAAUCGGAUUCAACAACUAUCCCUGUGAUGAGGGCAGUUGCACUGCCCAGAGUGGAGGUGGUGAUGGGAAGGACUGCUGGGAUAACAACUACGGUGGAACCAGACACGUCGUUUGCCCCGGAAAAGCUUGA